UUUCUAUAUGUAUAGCUUUAUAUGCAUUAUACGUUUUACUCGUUCGUCUAGUAUCCGAUUUAGUGUGGCGAGUCUCGUGUAGUUUAUAAGGUGACACGGAUAAAAUCAAAAUGAGUUAAUUUACUCAUUUUCAGAAAAAUCUUAAUGACAACUUGUUAAGCAGAUUUCCAAAGGACGUGCAGUGUGUUUUGAUUAAGGGAUGAUUGUGCUGGGAAUUAACUACAGACAGGCCCCAAUGGAUACGGCUGACGAAAUGAGAUAGUGAACAGCUCGCUGAGGCCCAGCAUCCUAUAUCCGAACACACUGCAUCUGAAGGGCUUCAUCCAAAAUGUCGUCCCCUGAGAGUUUAUCGUUCAACGUGCAAUACAUAGGCUUCGUCACGGUUAAACCUAGUGGCAUUGGUCCUGGUAUGGUCCAGAAACCACUGACAGAACUUUAUCUUUCAUAUAGGAAGACCUCGCCAAAAGUACAGGAAAGACAUCUUAUUUUAACUGAUAGGGGAUUAUCCAUAGAGUGCCCCAGUCUUAACAAAGAAGAACAAUAUUCCAUUCCCGAUAUCCCCUUCUGGCAUGCCGUGCAAUUUGUAACAGUCAAGGCAAAACGAGAUAAAUUUAAGGGAGCUUUUGAACCGUUAGACCAAGAGGUUGUGAUGAAUUUUGAAAAUAUGUACUUUGAUAUUGAUAAGAAAAUGAACUUCAUAACGAAAUUAGAGCAUCCAGCGAUAUUUGCAUUGGUUCUGAGAAGGAGUUCUGGCCUCCGGGCACUUGAUUGUCACGCUUACAUAUGCGAAUCUCAAGAUGUUGCCAAGGGUAUAGCUAAAGGUUUAAGCAGAAUUGCAAAGGCAUUUAAAGAUGUGGCCCCGGGUGUGUUUGAUUAUAAUCCAUGGUCGGCACCUAGUGAACGAGUGCCACAAAAGGCUAACCAAAAUGACAUUCCACAUGGUCAUCAUGAACGAGGAUCAAAUGAGAGUCGCGAUGGUUUGCCUGGUAUGCGACAUGCGAGCGAAGGGAGUUCAAGUUCUCAACAAGGUACGUCACCAACGAAUUCACAAAGAAGGUUAAGAAUGGCGUCAGACCCUUUGCCAAACCCGAGUGCUCAUCAUUCCCCGGUUGGCCAUCCAAUCACCGAGGCGACAGCUUUGUUGAUGAAUGCUCAAUUAGGGCCGUCCAAUAAUGCCGGCGAAACUCGUCGAGGUGUACCUAUUGGUAUUACAUACCCCUUUCCAGUAACAGGUGGUCAUGAUGACUAUACAUCACAAUUAACUAGAAUAGAAUCAGUUGGCCGGGAAAAUGCUCAGCAAUACAGCAAUGAUAUGAGCAAUAAAAACAGCAAUCAAGCCAUAAUUACUAGGAAUUUGGAACCACAAUUACAACCCGAGGGUCAAAAUGAAAAUAAUGUUUAUGUAAACCUCCCUUUUGGAAGUGACCUGAAUAGUGCAAACACACAACGUACAAACAUAGAGGAAUUUCAAAAUCAAGGAUUUAUAUCUCCUACCGGUAAAGAACAGACAGUCAACCUGGGGCAGGGAUACAGCUUUAUGGGGGUAGGUCCCCACGAGCCCGGAUAUGAGGAUGAGGAUGACGGGAGCACCACACCGCCACAUGGGGCUCGUCCACAACCGAUUGGUCAAUUUCCUGACCAUACGUAUAUUAACACAAGAGCUGGUCAUGCGGUGAAUAAUAAUGGACCCAAAAGCCCAAGGCCCUAUUCACCCCCCAGGAAUGAAAACCCCCAUCCUAGUGAUGGAAUGCACAAUGGGGAUGGUAAACAGGAGCUUAAUGGGGUCAUUCCUCUGAAAAACCAUCAUGAGCCCUUUAGUCCCAAUGCACCAAGGUACACUAAAAUAACAGAUAAUGAUGGACACGGACAUUUUCAAUUUCAAGCCAGACCGACAUCAGAACAUUACAUAGGGGUAACGCCAUCGGUAUCGGGUGCUUAUACCCCUAUGGGAUAUAAUCAUGGCAUUAUAAACUCUAUGGGUCAGCCCCAUUCACAAUUCACGCCGGGUGUGUCAAGACCCCAUGUUCAAAUAGGGUAUUCCCCUCGGACUCCAGGCGUACACAGGGAGUUUAAUCCACACGUACAGCAAAACUUUACUCCUAGAGGAUAUGGUCCGUCAGGUAUGACAAGGACACCUGUAAUGCCACAUUUUACCCCUGGACCUACCAGACCGCCGGGAAAACCAUUUUACAAAGUUCAAAUAAGCGACCAACCUCCACCCAGUCCAGAGACUGAUUAUUGGAAUCGUGGAGGAAAUGGGGAGAUUAAUAACCCACGGGCCCAUAACCCAAACAGUGGAAACCCAGGGCCCUCUUAUGACAGUCAAUACUCUACUUCUCCUAACUACGAAACGUCAAUAUAUCAAGAAAUACCAGAGCCAUCUGCUGGCGGAUAUUUGAACUAUAAAACGCCUCAAGAAUCAGGUAUCCAUGAGACAACUUCGGUCAAAGAAAAGGAUAUCAAUUAUGAGCCAUUUACUGAUCACAUGAGGGUAUUGGAAAGCCAACGGCAACAAGAUAGGCCAAUAGCAAAAGUAACACCUCACAAAAUUGGUGGAAUUCGUGUACUACCGAAACUUCCAACAGCCGAUGUUGACACAACUCCGAAUCCAGAUUUCCUGAAACGUAAUGAGCCAAAGAGGCGCAGUAGGAGUAAAAGUCCAGCAAGUCGGGUCCCAGUAAGUGCACUUCAUUCCCAACGUCCACAUACACAAGGCGAGGAAGAGACAUACUUCAAAAACGAUAUGAAGAAACAAUCUAAACAAAAUAAGCUCGCGCCUAAAACAUCACAAACUAAAUAUGAAUCUAACUGGCAAUUCGGUCCAAAGAAAAAAGGUAAUUUUGUGAAUCGGUACCAACGAGACGACACGGAUGGAGUUUCUCCUAAGGACAAAUUUGUAGGAGAAAAGUUACUACUUAACAAGAAAAAGGACGCAGAAAUCGCAUCAGCAAUUUCCCACUUGAAUGUUGAAGACCAGGUUCCAAGGACAAGUGAAAAUAGCCACAGAUUCGGAACUGGUUUAGAGGAGUCUUUAGGGUACUUACCAUAAUUGGAUUAAACCUGAAAUACAAUGGAUGGCUAGUCGUACUCAACAUUCUGAUAACUUUUCAAAUGAUUUUUGCCAUUUUUUGGGACAAAAUUGUCAAAUUCAAACCCCCCUGGAAUCUUUUAAAAAGUGAAUCCCUUGGCAAAAGCUGGGUAUAGGCCUGAAUUUAUAUUAGUGAAAUAACAUAUUUGAUAGUACAUAGGUUUAGGUCAAUAUAAAGAUGGCAG